ACGCGUUUCCGCGAGUUGCGCGCUGCUCUCUUUAACAGAGGCGCACUGCGCGUUUACGCACGACUCCAGUGACACUGGCAGAGAGCAGAGUGCCAUGAUCGUCAUUGUGUGAGCGUUUUGCUGCCACCGCUGCAAGAAGAUGAUCCUGCUGUCUGGUCUGUUGCUCAUUCUCUGGGGAGAACCGGGUCGGUGCCUGGAAGAGGGAGGAAGCUUUACAUUUCAUGGAGAUUUCCGCCACAUCGCCGUGGCCACCAACACGGUUUACAUCGCUACAGAGGAGAGGCUGUACCAGCUGAGCCACGACCUGACUCUGAUCCAGAGUCUGACCCAGAGAGGAAUCUUGAAGGUGGGGCCUGAGUCCGGUGAUGAGCAGUUUUACCGGGUUUCUGAGACGGAUGAAUGGAACGCAACUUUCGGUGUCAACAUAUUAUUGCCGUUCGUUGAGAACAACGCUGUGAUCAGCUGCGGUGUGAUCAAGUGCGGCUACUGCGAGCUGCUGGACCUGCAGAACAUUUCCAACGUGCUGUACAGGGAGCACAUCCAGGUGGGACCCGCAGGGCGCAGCAACGCGUCCGUCGGCUUCCUGGUGGAGGUGGAGAAGACUCGGACCCGGCCCGAGACUUAUAUUCUGACUGCCUUACAGCAACCCGACAAAAUCACAGAGACCAGCUGCCUCUCUGAAACAGCUUCUGUGAACCUUCAUAAUACGAACAACAAGCAGACGGGAGAAAUAUUUUCCAUUAGGGGGGAGAAUUAUCUAGCUAAGAUCAAACGUGAAGGCGAGGUGGAGUUUGUGGAUGGAUUUCAAAAGAAUUUAAUCAUUUAUCUUUUCUCCAACGUGCCAUCAGAGGACAAAGGCAACAAAGUCCGUCUCCUUUGGCUUGAGGGAAAAACAAGCAAAGCAGAGACUCUCAGGUCGCUGCGGGGCGCGACUCUCAGUAUCUCUGAUGGUGGUAAAGGCAGCAGACUCGUGGCCUCCUCGGUGAUCCCGGGUGGGCCGCCGGUGCUCUGGAGCGGCGUGUUCAGUGUGGACGGAGGACAAACCGACACCGAGCUGGUAGUGUUUGACGUCAGCCCUGAUCUCACCGGAGCGGCCGAUGCGGAUCCAGACUUCUGCAUCACCUGUCCUGAGAAGUCAAGAUCCACGCCAAAGACUCUGAAGCCAAAGACGAUGCUCUUCAGACAGAACUACAUGACCUCUGUGCUUGCAGUGAGACAGAAAACCUGGCUGCUUUUCUUCAUUGGGACAGGAGAUGGGCAGCUCAUUAAGCUCGCUGUGGACAAGAACUAUCACACCACCUGUCCCAGGGUGCUCUACAGGGCCAGUGACGACCGCCAAGUGUUCCCCAAAAUACUUCUGGAUCAAGUGGACCAUAAACAUGUCUAUGUGCCAUUUCAAAACCAGAUUAAACGUUUGCCUGUGUCAAAGUGCAGCACAUACACAAAUGUGCAGGACUGCUGGUCUGCACAGGAUCCAUACUGUGUCUGGUGUGGCUCUAAAAGAAGUUGCACAUUUGAAGAUGAGUGCCGAAAUUUAGACUGGUUGUCCAUUCCUGAUGACUCCCGUCAACGCAAAAUGGUUUCCUACAGCGUUGUAAAGGACAGCACUGGCCAGAUCACACUUAGCAUCCAGACACACCUGACUGUGGGCCAGAGCGCUCUGUCUAACUUCGCCUGUCAGUUCUCUGCAAGCUCCAGCCAGCUUUGUAGUGCAGCAAACAGUCCUCCACGGUUCCCACAAUGCACCUGCGUCCUUACAAAUAGCACACUUCCUGCUGAAGGCCUAAAUGUCACUGUUAAGAUUAGAUUUGGGAUGACACAAUUGUUGGAACAACUUAAGAUAUCCAACUGCUCUGACAUCAGGGGACCACCGACUCCUGUCCUGUGUCGGCAGUGUAUCGAGGCUGGAUGUGGCUGGAGCACAAACGGCUGCUGCUGGGCAAAUCAAGGAGUGGGGAAUGACAGUGUUUGCCAAAUGACAGAGUCAGGGAUGAACUUUUCUAGACCGGAGAUCUCCUCCAUCACUCCCAGUGUCGUGUCUUUCUACGGCAGAAACCAUGUGCUGUUGUCCGGUCGUAACCUUAGUGGUGUGACCAGAGUGAGGAUCCAGGCAGACGUGGACUGCACGCCACAAGAAUCUCCUGUAUGGAACAACACUGGAGUGAAUCUGAAUUCAAGUCAAUUCUCUCCCAGGAUUGGGGAUCGUGUACUGAUGAAUGGGAAGAGGAAGAUCACACUCGUGGGAUCUCACCUGGAGUUUGUGGAAGGGAUCAUGCACAGCCACGCCCCGCAGGAAGUAAGACUUCCCAGAAACAGCAGCUAUCAGAAUCUCAUUUAUGACACACCUGCAGCUGGAAAUACUCAAGGGAUUUUUACAAGCACUCUGUCUCUGAAAGUAGCCAAUGAAACUUUGGCCUGCUCAACAACAGUAACCUACUAUCCAGAUCCUGAGUUCACCAGCUUCACAUCCUCAAGGACACGGGAUGGUGUCCGCAUCACCACAGAGAAAAAGGCAGACAAACUGGAGAUGACAAUUGCAGAGUUGUCAGUGUGGGGCGUUCAUGACAGAAAACAAUACCCCUGCAUCAUGGAAGUCAAAGAAACUGACUUUUUCAUCUGUGAGAUUCAAAGGCCACCCGACGCUACAUUUCAGCAGUUAAUGAUAAAGUUUGGUGACAAGACAGUAACUCUAGGGCCUCUGUCUUUACAUCAGGUCCUCAUGAUACUGCGUUUGCUGCUGAUACCCUUUGUUAUUGUUGCGUUGGUGAUUAUCUGUCGAUGGGACAAGAAGCUCACUGCUGAGAUGAACAGGCUGUGACCAUGAGGUUAAACCUGGAGACCUUUUCAACUCCAUUAACAAGAUGAACAUAAUGCCUCAUUUUUAUUUUCUUCUCCACCCGUGGGUUACUGGAGUAAAGUUCACUCUUUGGUCUCAAAAUCAUGUAAAUGGAAGAAACUUUAACUGUACAGUGAGUGGAGGAGGGCGUAGUCUUUAGUAACUAGUCUUUAACUCUAUGUGACUAAAGUGUUUUAAUGAAGAAGAAUAAAGCAUAGUGAGAGAAGACCCAAAUA